GCCCCUUUCAUAAUACGUUGAACCGCCAUCGUACAAGCUGGUGCACUAUCACAAUCCUCCUUUCACCGAAUCACUAGACACUCAGCCUGCCUUCACAAGCAUGGAUCCUCUCAGCAUCAUUGCUUCCAUGAUCUCAAUCAUCGGAGAUAUCACGACAAAAUAUAAAACUAUCGACAACACCGCCAAUCUUCCUAAAGCCUUCGAGGAAGUCAAGAGAAGCCUCCCCAUUGUGGAAGGCAUAUUUUUCGGCAUGAAGGAGAGGCUUCGGAAACGAAAUCUGCUUGACGAGCAGUCCCAGGCAAUCUUGAACGGUAUCAAACCCUGCGAGGACAAGAUCAAGGAAUUGAAGAGCGUCAUCGACGUGGUGAAGACAGAAUUCGAAGCAGAUCAACAUGCAGGAGAAUGGGCAAGGGUUCGUCACGCCUAUUACAAGGCUCUGGGAAGGGUCAAAGCACUUGGGGUUGAGAGCCUCAUGAAGGACAUAUUAAAGGGUUUAAAGAAGCUAGCCCAGGUCCAGGUGUUUGAGUUGGUAACACAAGAUGAUUUGAAGGCUAUCGAAAACGCUCUCGAGAAACUGGAAAGUGUGGAAUCGUCAUUGGAGGUCUCUGAGCUCGACAGCACGGGGAACAACUAUGCAAGCCAGUCUGUUGCUGCUAAUGGCACUGGCCACCAGUACAACACUCAAGGCGGGGCUGUUUUUAAUGGCAGUAACAACAUCAAUGCCCCUGGAGGUGGUAGCUAUCAUUUCAACAUGGGUAAGGCAUAAUGGCUUUGUGUAUUGCUUGAGCAAGAUGUUGUCGACAGAGGACUUGUGCUUUGUAACAUAUCAUUUUGUUCCCUCAAAUCUGCCGAUUCCAACACGUACUAGGAGGAAGUCCAGAUCUAAUGAAUAAAUUUCUAUCCGAGUUGCGAUUUACCGAUCCACGCACAGAUAAAGGAUGUAUCGAGAGAAGAGAGGA